AUGUCGUUUGAUUGCAGAUAUAAAGUUGAUUCAAAAGCCUAUAAAAAUUAUUGUUAUAAAAAACGAAUUAUUAAAUCAAAUAAUAAAAUAAAAGAUGAUGAAUUUUAUAACUAUAUUUUAAUUAAAAUAUUAAAUAUUCCACAAAAUAAUUCACCAAAUGUUGAUGAAUUUCAAAUUUUGAAUUUAACAGAUAUACAAAAACAACAAUUACAAGAGUUACGAGCUGAACAAAUGCGACGUGUGAUAAGAUUUAAUGAAAUAAAAAAUGGAAUUGAAAAUGAAACAUUAGAAAAUAUAGAAAGAUUACCUAGAUUGAAAUUUUGGACAGAAUAUUUGGCAGAAUAUAAUUUAUUUGUAAAACAAAUUCAAAAUGAAACAGAUUUAUAUAGAUUACGAGAGUUUUGGAUAACUAAAAUUAAUAAUUCUCAAUUUACAAAUGAAGAAAAAUUAAAUCUUCAUAAAAUACAUGAAGAAUGUAUUAGAAUUUUAUUGGAACAAUCACAACAAUCUAAUUAUCAGAGAAUACAAAAUGGUAUACUUAAAGAAACUAAUAUUACAAACUUGGAAGUUGAUAGAUAUUGGUUUAGAGAGAUAAAUAGAAGUAGUUUAAGUGAAAAUCAACAAAAAGAAUUAAAUGAUUUACAUGCUAAAACCUUAAUUGCUCUAUCAAAUAAACAAUAUAAUGAGAUUAGAAAAGAAAUUUUAAAAACAAAUGAUUCAUUUUUAUUAGAGGAUAGAGGAGAUAUUGAUAGACAAAUUCAAUUGCUAAAAGACAAUAAUCUAACUGAUGAAAGACAAACAAUAAAAUUACAAGAAAUGCGUCGUGGACGUUUACAGAAUCUAUUACAAGUAAAGGAAAUAGCAAAUUAUGAUUAA